UACAACAUGAAUGACGAUAUUGUAGAAGAUGCCAUUUAUGUUCUUAACAAUAAUGAUGAUUCCGAAAAACGAAAGGAUGUGCAGAGAAUAUCGCCAGUGCAAUUUCUACGUGAUCGAGAACUCGGUAUACGCGGAACGCAUGAACGCACCGUAAUACAGGAAGUUUACAUACACGACCAAUUUGUUCAUAACUGGCCUCAUCAUAUGAAGCACAAAUUAUAUAGAGAGAUACUCAAUUCGGUUGACACCGAUGAUAAUGAAUAUGAUAUAGCAAAACAAAUCGUAGAAAAGACUCAGGAAUGCUGUUACCAUCUCAUUGAGAUACCAGCAGGUGUUGAAAGGUAUAUCGAAGUGAUAGCAAUAACGUCCUACUUUGCUUAUGAUACUGAGAAUCCCUAUGUAGAGAAAAUGCUGCGUACUUACCACGAAUUUUCAAAUCUUUUGAACAAUGAUGAGGAUGAAUACGUUCUGUCUGAGCAUGAGAAGGAGAUAUGUUUUUAUAUUCGGUGUGAAAGACAAAGCAAGCUAAUGCAGUUUGAAAUUCAAGACAAAUUUCGAUUCUGCAUUAGGUGCUACGAAACUACAUGCGAGUGUCCUGUUGAAGAUUGUAUGGUGUUGUUUUAAAACAGUGAUAAAAAGACAACAGUGAUAAAAAUGGAGAAUAAUUUCGAGCAAGUGGAACGCGAGCUGUUGGAGCAAGCAAAUGGAGUCACUACUUUGGGCGAGUGUUUUAUGUGGUUGCAGCGAUGCGACGAGAUUAUACAACAGCUUGAGGAACAUAGCCGCAUAAAGCGUCCUCGGCUUGCCGUCGGACAAAGACAAUCGUUGGUGGCGAGGAUCGCGCGACUCGAAGGUAAAAAGACACAAUUACAAAGACGUUUCGUGCAUGUAGGUGGUAAUUACGCGAGCACUAGUAAUAACGCGAACAAACUCAUGUGGCGAGAGAUAGAUACAGCGUUCGAGAAUCGCAUUCAGACAGGUGCAGUGAUAAAUACAAACUAUAUUGAACCGCGAACGUUUUUAGAAGACGCAGGCGGUAUAGUGCUCGAGCGAGUGCGGGACGCUCUAGAGGAACACAACAGUGUAAAAGUGAAUACAGCAUUCAACGGCGUGUUUGUAACGGGUGAUAAACGUGCCAACAAAAGUAUAAACACUAAAAAUUGUGAACUAUUCCAAACGUCGGACUUGGACGAGUGGUACGAGCGAUGCGUUAUCGAACCCACAUUAGCAUCACUCGAAGAGUUUCAAGAACGAGAUAGCGGGUGGGCGCUAUCGCAAAUUCUCAAUUUGAUUCUAAAUAUAAAUAAGUACAAUCCUCUACACGCGGGGUGUUACGUGACAUUACCGCGAAAAAUAAUGAUGAAGCGUGCAGUAGUGAACGUUAAUUCAAACGACAAUGCAUGCUUCGCGUGGUCAGUGGUUGCCACUCUACAUCCUGCUGAAAGAAACACAGGAUUGGAAUCGUCAUAUCCGCAUUAUGCAACAGUCCUAAAGUUUGAUGAUAUUGCGUUUCCCGUUACAGUAAAGGAUAUUGGAAAAUUUGAAAGUUUUAACAAUAUAUCGAUCAAUGUCUACGGGAUGAAAAAGGAAACGGCAAUGCUAAAGAUUCUUCCGCUGCGGCUCUCCAAUGACAAGAAAGAGAAGCAUGUCAAUUUAUUAUAUGUACAAAAUCUGCACGAAAACAGCGUGGGUCACUUUGUGUGGAUAAAAAAUCUGUCCCGCCUCAUCAGCUCCCAACUGAGCAAACAUGAUGGAAAAAGAUACAUUUGCGAUCGGUAUGUAUAAUAUAUUAAAAUAAAU